UAAAUGCAUUAAAUGAAUUACUAUGCAAAGUUAUUCCGUGUGACUACGUUAAAAUAGCUACGUAUUUGUGUGUUUGAUUUAACCGGUGUUCCACUUUCCUGUCGGACAGAAUAUAAGUGAUGGACUGACUUCCGUUCGCAGGUAGGGUCAAAAUCUCGCGAGAUCCUAGCGACUUCCUCUUCGCACGGAACCUACUUCCAAGAUGUCUCUGGUCAUUCCUGAGAAGUUCCAGCACAUUCUCCGUGUUCUCAACACGAACAUCGAUGGUCGGCGGAAAAUCGCCUUCGCCAUCACUGCCAUCAAGGGUGUUGGCAGGCGUUACGCUCACGUCGUCCUGAGGAAGGCCGACAUCGACCUCAGCAAGAGGGCCGGAGAGCUGACUGAUGAUGAGGUUGAGCGGGUGGUGACCAUCAUGCAGAAUCCUCGCCAGUACAAAAUCCCCGACUGGUUCCUCAACAGACAGAAGGACGUCAAGGAUGGCAAAUACAGCCAAGUCCUCGCCAACGGUCUGGACAACAAGCUGAGAGAAGAUCUGGAGAGGCUGAAGAAGAUCAGGGCUCACCGUGGUCUCAGGCACUUCUGGGGUCUGCGUGUGCGCGGUCAGCACACCAAGACCACCGGCCGUCGCGGUCGCACCGUCGGUGUGUCCAAGAAGAAGUAAACUCCCCCUGCUUCCCUUGUUUCAAUAAAACGCCACAGUUGACAAAAA